CCCAUAUACGAUCGACAGCUUCACCUCUUCACAUUCUUUUCGUCGGCCGCUCAUCGCAACGGACAGCGAAGAGAUUGAGGUUCUUUGUCAAAACUGACCAGGACAACUUUUGUUUUAACUAAUUUUAUCGUCAUUCCACGAAAACAUAUCCAUCAGAAUGCGUGAAUGUAUCUCGGUCCACGUCGGUCAAGCCGGAGUCCAGAUCGGCAAUGCCUGCUGGGAGCUGUACUGCCUUGAGCACGGCAUCCAACCUGAUGGUCAGAUGCCCUCGGAUGCAUCUCGAGGAGGUGGGGAUGAUUCCUUCAACACCUUCUUCAGUGAGACUGGCGCUGGCAAGCACGUCCCUCGAGCAGUCUUCGUCGAUCUCGAACCAACUGUUAUUGAUGAGGUUCGUACCGGUACCUACCGUCAGCUCUUCCACCCUGAGCAGCUGAUCACCGGCAAGGAGGAUGCUGCCAACAACUACGCCCGUGGUCAUUACACCGUGGGGAAAGAGCAGAUAGACAUCGUCCUAGAUAGAAUUCGCAAGUUGGCUGACCAGUGCACAGGUCUUCAGGGAUUCCUGAUCUUCCACAGCUUCGGUGGUGGCACCGGCUCCGGCUUUACUUCUCUGUUGAUGGAACGUCUCUCCGUUGACUAUGGAAAGAAGUCCAAGCUGGAGUUUUCCAUCUAUCCAGCACCGCAGAUCGCGUCUGCAGUAGUCGAGCCAUACAACUCCAUCCUGACUACCCAUACUACACUGGAGCACUCUGACUGUGCCUUCAUGGUCGACAACGAGGCCAUCUACGAUAUCUGCAGACGUAACCUCGACAUCGAGCGUCCCACCUACACCAACCUGAAUCGUCUCAUUGCUCAGGUUGUCUCCUCCAUCACUGCUUCUCUGCGAUUCGAUGGCGCUCUCAACGUCGACCUUACUGAAUUCCAGACCAACUUGGUGCCUUACCCUCGAAUCCAUUUCCCUCUCGCUACCUACUCACCAGUUGUCUCAGCUGAGAAGGCAUAUCACGAGCAGUUGACGGUUGCCGAGAUCACUAACUCCUGUUUCGAGGCCGCUAACCAGAUGGUGAAGUGUGACCCUCGUCACGGCAAGUACAUGGCCUGCUGUCUCCUGUACCGUGGUGAUGUCGUCCCCAAAGAUGUCAACGCCGCCAUUGCUGCCAUCAAGACCAAACGAUCGAUUCAGUUCGUCGACUGGUGUCCAACUGGCUUCAAGGUCGGUAUCAACUACCAACCACCCACCGUCGUCCCUGGCGGUGAUCUUGCCAAGGUUCAGCGUGCCGUUUGCAUGUUGAGCAAUACCACUGCAGUUGCAGAAGCCUGGGCACGUCUUGACCACAAGUUCGAUCUGAUGUACGCCAAGCGUGCUUUCGUCCAUUGGUACGUCGGAGAGGGUAUGGAGGAAGGAGAGUUCUCCGAGGCUCGUGAGGAUAUGGCUGCUCUCGAGAAGGACUACGAAGAAGUCGGAAUGGAUUCUAUUGACCCAGCAGAUGAAGAAGAGCAGGAUGAAUACUGAAUGAACGGGGUCAUUUGCAGUUCAAAAUCUCCCUAAAAUGCGAAAAUGCAAUUCAAGAAAUUCCUGCAUCUAUUCCGCAUGAUAUCAAACACAGACUCUUAUGUAGAACAAAAACACCUUUUUAAAUACACACGGAAAUUCUGUUAUUCUGACUUUUUCUUUUCAGUCUUCAAUUAAAAGAUAUCAUAUCAUUAUUACGAUCGUGUGACAUGAUCUUCGAUACCUCAUAUGCAAUAUUUCACGAAGUGCAUUAUGACUUUAGUUUUGCCAAAAUUUAGUAAUAAAACAAUCUGAAACGAA